AUGCAGAGCGGGAAUCUAGAUUAUGCGCCGGGUGACGUGGUGAUUAGUUAUCUAAUGAAUUCGAGGGAAAACGUGAAUCCUACAAUCAUAAAUAGUGAUGUACGUGUGUUGAUGUACAUGAUAGAUGUCGAUGCAGAUGGCAUCAGGCCUAUUUUAAGGAUACAUGUAGAUGAGAGGUCCGUCGAAGGACUGGUAAAUUCAUCAGAACGCCCACCUCCGCGCCGGGUAGUCGACAAUGAUUUCAGUAAUUACGAGAAUGAUGAUAAUCAACCUAUUAAUACAGAAGAUGAUCCUAUGCAUAUGAAAGAGGUUUCAUCGAACUCGCAAGACGAUGAAGAAGACCGUGGAACGGGAUCACAACCGAGACAUUGCUUCAACAACGGAGCUAAUUUCCAUCUCGAUCAAAUAUUCGCCUACAAGAAAGAGCUCAAAAUUCUACUAAACGCAGCAGCGUAUGUCGGGUUGAAUACGUGCGGUGUUGAACACGCCACCCAAAGGCAUAAGAGAUUGUCCUCCAAAUUAAUUUCUUCACUAUGCGUAAAUUAUUUUCGGGAUGGUAAGGGUCCAAGCAUAAACGAAAUACAAAGGAUUGUGUUCAAGGAGUUGCAAUGCCACGCACGCUAUUGGAUGUGUUGGAAAGGAAGUGCAAUUACAAAGAACAUCAUUCGCGGGACACCAGAGCACGGAUAUGCUUGCUUGCCAGCUUUUUCCUACAUGGUGGAGUUGUUGAAUCCAAGGUUUUCCUACUCUAUUAUGGUAAACCAGAUUAAUGGAGCGUUCGUUUACUAUUUCUUAGCAUUCGGAGCUUGCAUACGGGGAUAUGCCCACAUGAAAAAGGUAAUUACCAUCGAUGGCACACAUUUGUAUGGAAAGUACAGGGGCCUGUUGCUGAGUGCAGUUGCACAGGACACAGAAAAUCAUAUCUUUCCAAUUGCCUUUUAUGUUGUCGAUAAAGAGAACGAUACUUAUUGGACCUUCAUCUUCCAAAAGUUGAAGUCUAUCAUAGAAGAUGAACUAGAUCUAUGUGUCAUCUCCGACAGGCACAUCAGCAUUGCCAAUGCUUUCUUCCGAUUUAUAGUCGUGCUCACCAUGGACUUUGCAUGA